UUCAGUUGUGGUGUAAAGCAUACACUCGGCACGUACAGAGCAGCGAGUCCUGUUUCUUGUGGAUCUUUAAUCUUGAAUUAUUCAUUGCACUUCUUCUCACUUCUUCUCCACAUUGGACAUUCAGGAGUGUACAUUACGUAGCUUGAUAGACAUCGGUUUUAGAACUGUAACCACAUAGACCAUGAAUCUGUAACAUAAGGAAUACUCUAGUAGGAGCAAUUGUGCUAAUCACCAUAAUUUGAGGAGCCAAGAGCCUUUCUGGACAUAGUGUCUUUGGUAAUCAUCGAAAAGUAGUUGAACGUCAUUUGCCAUGUUGAAGUUCAGAGGUGGGGCCAAGGCAAGAGAGAAGGAGAAGUCCUUGGAAGAUUCUGAUGUCUUACAAGAUGAUGAUACAGGUGAAACAGAUGGGACAGCCACACCGCCUCAGGUCACUGUCAUCAAGGACGAAGGCAACACCAACAGCAGCGAUAGUGGGACACCAACUAUGGAUAGUGGGACACCAACUAUGGAUCGGAAGAAGAAGUCGAGGGCAAAGAAAGUAUCCAACGCUGCAGGAAAGUUGCUCAAGAAGAAGAAGAGGAAAGAGAACGGCAGUGUGACCGAUGAUAGCAUCCUGGAUGAUAGUGUCAUUGAGGAUACUCCCGUUAAGAAUGGGAACUUUGGAGAAGGAGGCAUGGAGGAAGAGAGGGAUAACUUUGAAAAGAAGACAGAACAUGGGAAUACUCUGGAUACACCAAAGAAGAAGGAAAAGAAACAGAAGGUAGAUAGGGAAAGAAGAAGAACUGCUGUCCCUCUACCAGACUUCUCAAAAGUAUUGAGGGAAGCAAAAUUCAGCAACAUACGAGGGUCCAACAAGCCCAACCGGAAAGAGAGUUCGGCCAAGCAGCCGCGGAUCCCCCAGUCCAAGCAGAAUGUUGCUGAAGAGUCGGCCGAAGCUCAGGCCGAGUAUGAGAGAUCUCUGGAGGCCAGUCUCACGGACAAUGAAGUCCUCGCAGCCUUUGAGAGGAUGCUGGAGGACAUGGGUCUGACCGGUGAGAAGGCUGCUCCUCUCCGCUCCAGGGAUAUGAAGAUGAAGAGAGACAUGGUGCUUCAGUACAUGAAGAGACAGGGUCCAUCGGCUGCGGGGCGGAACGACUCCCAGAUGAAACCCGGUGACUACGUGGUCGAGCUGCACAGCACCGCUGCCAGUGAUACCGGCAGAUACCACUCUAUCCUCAGCUCCCUGCGUGUGUCCCUCACCAGUAACCCUAUCAGCUGGGUACAGCAGUUUGGAGAGAAGGGGCUGGAUGUCAUCCUCAAGAUUCUUGCGGAGUACAAUCAAAGGGACGGAAAGAAGUUUGCAGAAGUGAGGCACGAAUGUAUAAAAUGCAUCAAGGCGUUCAUGAACAACAAAUAUGGGAUCCAGACGGUAUUCGCCAAAGUCCGGGCCAUUACCCACAUAGCAUCAGCACUAAAUCCACAGCACGAGAACAUGACGAUCGAUGCCACCAAAUUGUUAGCUGCCGUCUGCUUCGUACCACCUGAUGGACAUGAGAAGGUUCUCUCAGCUUUGACGGAGGUUGGAGAAUCCAAGUCCAGCCCAAGAUUUUCACCCAUCGUAGAGGCCCUCCAUCUUGAGGAUAACCCUCAACUCAUGUGUGUGUGUAUGCAGCUAGUGAAUGCCAUCAUAUCUAACCCAGAGGAUCUGGACUUCAGGUUACAUCUUCGGAAUGAGUUCCUCCGCACCGGGAUGAGCAACCUCUUGCCGGAGCUUCGUGAUAACCAAAGUGAAGAGCUGGGCGUUCAGAUGAGAGUCUUUGAUGAGCACAGAGAAGAUGACUUUGAAGAGUUCCAGCAUAGAUUCGAGGGCCUCCGGGUCGAGAUGGAUGACCUUGAGGGCAACUUCCAGCUCCUACAGCAGGUCGUCGCAAACACACCGUCAGAAAACUACUUCCUGUCCAUCCUCCAGCACCUAAUACUAAUCAGGGAGGACACCUACAUAAGGCCACAGUACUUCAAGUUAAUAGAAGAAUGCAUAUCUCAGAUCGUGCUCCAUAAAAGCGGCUGUGAUCCCGACAUGUCAUACACCAAGCGAUUUGACGUGGAUGUGGGCCCACUCAUAGAGGGGUUAGCAGAGAAGGCCAAAUAUGAAAGCAUUGAAGGCAAGGCAGACAAACUAGAGAAAGAGUUGGAGACAGAGGUUACAGCCAGGCAGGAAUCUGAAGCCAAACUAAGUCAAGCCAAUAAGAAAGUUGAAGAGACGGAGAAGGAACUUGAGGAAUUAAAACAACGGGUCGCAAGUGGAGCAGUAGUUGCUGCCACAGGUCCUGUCCCACCGCCACCACCUGGGGGAAGUGUUCCCCCUCCCCCUCCACCACCACCUGGUAUGGGUGGUGGUCCACCCCCACCCCCUCCACCUCCACCCGGUAUGGGUGGUGGUCCACCCCCACCCCCUCCACCACCUGGUAUGGGUGGUGGUCCACCCCCUCCCCCUCCACCACCUGGUAUGGGGGGUCCACCAGGCCCCCCUCCUCCACCGGGCGGUGUACCCAUGCUUGGUGGUCUGGGUUUCAAGGGGAUGUCGCCGGUGCAGUCCCUACCCCACGGGAUGAAGGAGAAGAAGAAGUACAACCCCCAGGCCCCGAUGAAGAGAGCAAAUUGGAGCAAGAUUCAACCCAGAACACUCGGGAAGCACUCGUUAUGGGUCAACGCAAAAGAAGAUAAACUAGAGAAGACGGAGGUCUUGGAACAGUUAGCCGCCCUGUUUGCUUCCAAACCAGGAAAGAAGCUAGGAGGUGGUGGUGGUAUCGAAGCCGACGUGGAUGGUAAGACGGAGACGAAGAAAAAGGUCAAGGAACUGAAGGUAUUGAGUGCCAAGGAAGCUCAGAAUCUGUCAAUCUGGCUGGGUUCAAUGCGCAUCCCUCACGAGGAGAUCAAGAGACGGAUCUUGGAGAUCGACGAGGAACACUUGAAUGAGGGCCUGGUCCAAUCAUUACUCAAGAACAUGCCUGAGCCCGAGACUCUCAAACAAGUCUACGCUCUCAAAGAUGAAUUCAAUGAUAUGAAUGAAGCUGAGCAGUUCUGUGUUCAGGUUGGAAGUAUCAAGGGUCUUCAGAAGAGGUUACAGGCCAUCCUCUUCAAGAUGAAAUUCCCAGAGCUUAUAACAGACAUCAAGCCUGAAAUCGCCACAGUGACCAAGGCCUGCGAGGAGCUCAAACAUAGUAAGAGUUUCAACAAGCUGCUGGAGUUGAUUCUUCUCUUUGGUAACUACAUGAACUCAGGUUCAAGGAAUGCAGGGUCACUUGGAUUUGACCUCAACUUCCUAACAAAGCUGAGAGGUACAAAGUCAGUCGACAACAAGAUCAACUUCCUCCACUUCCUGGCUGACCAGGUGCAGACCAUCUACCCUGAGAUCGCAGACUUCCCUGAGACAAUCACACACGCAGUCAAGGCCUCAAGAGUUUCCGAUGAUAACAUUCAGAAGAACAUGAAGCAAAUGAAGACUGAAAUCAAAGGAUUAGAGAAGGACUUGGACAAGUACAAACCAGUGGCUAAUGUCAAUGACAGAUUCAAAUCUAUCAUGGAAGAGUUUCUGAAGAAGGCCAAAGACCAGUACAAGGUUCUGGAGGGCAUGUACAGCCAGAUGAAGGAGCUCUACACAAAGAUCGCUGAGUUCUACGCCUUUGACAUGUCCAAGAAAUCCAUGGAGGAAUUCUUUGGUGAUAUCAAGACUUUCCUUGCAGAAUACGAGCAAUCUAGACAGGAGAACAAGAAGAGAUCUGAGGCAGAGGAGAAGGCCAAAAAAGCCAAGGAAGCAAAGGAGAAGAAGGAACAAGAGAAGAAGAUGAAAUCACAGAGGAAGAACAAUCUCCUUGAUAUGACGAUAGAUGAUGACCAAGAGGGAGUGAUGGAUAACUUGAUCGAAGCGUUACAGAGUGGAUCAGCCUUCAGUAGACCUCACAAGAAACGAGGACAAGCAAGGGCAGCUGGAGCCGAGAGACAGCGGCAAUUGGAAAGGUCGAGGUCAAGGGUCGGGAGGAUGAUGCCCGUUUCAGUAACAGAGAUUGACAUCAAUGGAAGUGCCUCACCGAACAUGGUCAGAACAAAUAAUACAAACAAUGCUGGUGGGAGGAGUAGGGGCAGGAGAGGAGGAGACCAAGGGGGCCAGGAUGGUGAUGCUCUGAUGGAAAGAUUAAGGCAGUUAUAGUACAGGGAGCAAUGUUGGAUUGGAAAGCCAACACCGAACCGAAGAGCAUGUGUGUAACUAACGCAAAAGAGAAUGUGUGGGACAAAUGCCGAGAUCAAAGUUUGGUGUGUAGCCAAUAUCAAACUUCAUGCACGCAGCAGAGGCUGUCUUCCCAGCACCAUCGACCAUGUAUGGGACUGAUGCAGGGAUAACAGUUGGAUGUGUAGCCAACAUGAAAGAACAUGCAUGGGGCCGAGGCUAGGAGGAGUAUGUGGAUGUGUAGCCAACACUGAAGAGAAUGCAGGAAUAUACAUGUAGCUGAUGUCAAAAUAUAUAUGCAGAGGCAGCUACGAGCCUUCGGAUGUGUAGCUCGCAACAGUGCCCAUUUAGGGUAACAGUUGGAAGUUGAGCCUGCAUCAAAAACCAUGCAUGGGGCUGAGGCACAUAAUGUUAUUCAUAUGUGGGACUAAGACAGGGUGACGCAGUGGAUAUGAAGCCAACAACGAUCAUGCAUUGGAUACCUCAUCAGAGCCAAGCCUUCCCUAGUAUUGGUGCGACGUAUGCGUGAGAACCGACACCAAAGAAUCUAUGUGGGACUGUGCCCAAACAUCCACCACCCCUAUGAAAGUGUCUUCCCGAUUUCAGAUUUGUAUAAUUCAGUCCAGAAAUAGAUGUCAUUAGGUCCCAUUUUUGACGAGAUGAGAAUGGGCAAAAUGAUUGGCAUUAUAUAAACAAUGUUGCAGAAUAGCGAAACACCAAUGAUGUGUUCAUGUAUGUUAUGAAUUGUUCUUGAUCUUUAAUAGGGUAAUUGGAUUAUGAUGAUGUUUCUUAGAAAUUGAUUUUGAAGAAAAUAAAAUAUUUCAGCGUUCAUUAUACCAGAGUUUUGUCAGAUAUUAACUUUGAUACAAAGCCCAGGUAUUAAUAAAGUAGUCCAAUAUUCAUAAAUUAAGUACCUUAUCCAUGCGACUUGAAUGGAACCAGCAAAAGCUUUUUUUUUUAUCCUUCGAUUAUGUACCAUUUCGAAAGAUAUAUUAUCCAAGUUCAAUAGAUGUAACCAAAUUUAUAGUUGCUUUUGACAUUUCAAUAAUCAGAAUGCAAAUUGCAUAUAUCACACAAGUCAUAAUGUUUGUCUUGCUAACAACAACUUAUUUGAAUUCCAAGGUCCUCUUUUAUAUAAACAGAGUAGAAAAUCAGGGGCAAAAAAAAAAGAAAGAAAGACUAUGACCAGUACUACCAAACUAUAAAAGGGAAAAAAUUAAUGCAUGAAAUAGAUAAUUUGUGUAGAGGAAAAUGUUUUACUUUGUGAAUUAGGAAACGGGUGUUUAUUUAAAUAACCGUACUUGGGGGCUGUUCAGGAACAACAUUUAAUUCAUUAGUUUAAAAGAACCAAUUCAAAGCAGAUUAUUGGGCAAUUUUGAGGGGGGGGGGGGAAUCACAUCUAACCUAAUCUAAUGGGCUUUCACUAGAAUAUUGAGAAUUACUUCUUGUAUUUUUUUAUAACAUGGUAAAUGUCCAAAAUCUUGUAUUAGAAGGGUUAUAUUAUUUGUCAGAGAGCAUAUUGAAGUACAGUCUUUAUUUUUGUAAUGUUUAUUAAUUAUUUUAGAUGUACAUUUUAUUAUAAGUUCUGUAAACACUCUCAUCUCUAGAAUUAUUAAUUUCUGUAUCUUCUCUUCUGCAUGUGUCACUAUGCUAUAUGGUUGGAUAUAACAUUGUAUAUUUUGAUAUAUUCUGAUUUUAUACAGAGGUGAUAGGGUAAUGUUUCUAUAAUGUAAAUAUAUUUUCCAUGACAAUAAAAAAAUACUAUACCUAAA